AUGUCUCAAACGCAAACAAUGAAAGCGGUUAUAUACCAAGAGCCCUUCAAAGUAACUGUCGAAGAACGCCCACUGCCAAAGAUCGAACAUCCGGAUGAUGCACUGGUUAAGGUGACAACAGCCGCAAUCUGCGGAAGUGAUUUGCAUAUGUAUCAGGGAAGAACGGCUGCGGAAGGUGGAUUAUGUUUUGGACAUGAGAAUAUGGGAAUAGUGAUCGAGACUGGUUCUGGUGUUCAGCAUAUCAAGAAAGGGGAUCGUGUGGUGAUGCCAUUCAAUGUGGCAGAUGGCAGAUGUAGGAAUUGUGAAGAGGGCAAAACAGCUUUUUGUACAGGUGUUAAUCCCGGAUUCGCAGGCGGGGCUUAUGGAUAUGUCGCAAUGGGACCUUACCAAGGAGGUCAAGCACAAUAUAUCCGUGUACCAUAUGCCGAAUUCAACUGCCUUCCUCUUCCUGCUGGAAAAGAACACGAAGCGGAUUUUAUUCUCCUUGCCGACAUAUUCCCAACGGGGUGGCAUGGCGUUGUACUUUCUGGCUUUCAGCCAGGAGAAUCAAUCGCCGUUUUCGGAGCCGGACCUGUUGGUUUGAUGGCUGCAUAUAGCGCAAAGCUCAGAGGAGCAAGCAAAAUAUUCGUCGUGGAUAGCGUGAAAGAACGUCUACAAGCUGCGGAGAAAAUUGGUUGUAUCGCUGUGAAUUUCACGAAAUGUGACGCUGUCGAGGAAAUCAUAAAGCAGAAUGGUCAGAUGGUUGAUAGGAGCGUGGACGCUGUCGGGUACCAGGCUUCUGCACAGGAUGGCAAGAAAGAAGUACCAAGUAUUGUUUUGGAGAAUUGCAUCAAGGUGACGAGACCAACCGGUGGUAUUGGUGUUCCUGGAUUAUAUGUCCCAAGCGACCCUGGUGCUCCAGAUAGCAAUGCUGGUCAAGGAAUGUUAUUGAUAAGUUUUGGGAAGUUGUUCGAGAAGGGUCUUUCCAUUGGCACUGGACAAUGUAAUGUCAAAGCCUACAAUCGUUAUUUGCGAGAUAUGAUUAUUUCAGGCGUCGCAAAGCCUUCAUUCGUCGUUUCGCAUGAAAUUGGUAUCGAUGAGGCACCGAACGCAUAUACCAAAUUUGAUAGAAGGGAGGAUGGAUAUACCAAAGUUCUAAUUCAUCCUAAUGGCCCUCUCUGA